AUGGCAGUCUCUGAAGGCGCUUUCUUGGUUGGGUAUGACCUUGCAGUUGUCAUAACCGCAAGAGACACGGAGGGGGCACAACUUCUACUCAUCCAGGUCAUGCGCAGAAUCACCUUUUGGAUGGAAGACCACGGGCUAUCUCUGGCAGCCCAGAAGACACAGAUCGUGAUACUUACGAAGAAGCGCAUCAACACCUUGCGUAGCUUCAUUGUAGGAGACACGGCGUUCCAGGCUAAGUCGGCUGUCACAUAUCUGGGUAGAAUGCUCGACAAAAACCUUAAUUAUGGCGAGCACUCACUCAGGGCUGCCGACGCGGCAAAAGUAUUAUCCUCACUUAGCACAGUCAUGGCAAACGUCAACGGGCGCCGAUCGUGCAGGACGCGACUACUGAUGCGUGCCGCCGAAGCAGUGAUGCUGUACAGCGCUGAAGUCUGGGCCGAAGCGCUGCAAAAGGAGAAAUAUCGCAAGCGCAUCGCCGCCGCACAGAGGAGGGGUGCUCUCCGAAUCGCAUGCUCCUACCGCACGGUCUCUGAGCCCGCGGUGCUAGUGAUCGCGGGGGUAAUCCCGAUCGAUCUAUUAGCCCAGGAGAGACAAUUCGUCCACCAGCAAAGAUGUGUUCUGGGAAAGGAGGAGGCAUCAAGGCUCGCCAAGUCUACCAGCAUCGGGACUUGGCAAAACAGAUGA